AUGCCAGGACCAGACAGAAUUUAUGUCGACGACUACCCGCAUGCACAGACCGAUGAAGAUGAAAAGCUGCUUUACAAUGAAGAGGAUACUUCGCUCGGGCCCAAACUACCCCGGCGACGCGUCUAUGGUGGGCUUUCAGCCUUGUCAUGGCUUUCAAAUGUCGCCUUACUCGGCGUGAUACUCUUUCUCCUUCUCGACAAAAUACACAACUCCGGUCACCGGCCAGUCUACGAACUUGCCGGAGACAUCAACAAUGUCUGGCCUGAACUUCCACAGCAGAUAAUCGAAUUUCAGCCGGACAGCCGAUUCAUAGGAAAUCUUACGUCACCCACCUUCAUCAACAAUAUCAAGCAGCACUGGCUAGAGCUUGUCCCUAAGGGUCUCGGAUUCGUCGAGGUUGUUGACUGCGCCGGCCGACCAAACAUACCCCCGCCAUUGAUCGAAUACAAGAAACCAGUCUACACAACUUCCAUCACCCACCAGCUCCACUGCUUGUUCAUGGUUAUGCACGGAUUCAACGAUUUGGCAUUGAAUCACGGCAGGUUUGCAAUGAACAUGGCAGAAGACGACGGUGAUGAGGGUCUGACGCGGGAGGGCGAAGACCCAGUCGAGCAUUUGAGCCAUUGUUUUGAUUACCUAAGGCAGGCAAUCAUGUGCCAUGGCGACACGGCGCUGGAGGGUCGGCAGACGACCUUCGGAUCCCAUGUAGGUGGCAGUGACGGGUGGAAUGUGCAGCAUGUGUGCAAGCCUUGGGAUCGGAUCCACGAUUGGUUGGAGGAACAUCGGAUUGACGACCGGGAGUGGAUUUGA